CCAAGGAGUGGAAGUGGGAUGACAUUGCGAAGCGCAUGGCGAACACGGGGAGGCCUUAAGACGAGGACGACUGCAUGAAGAAGUGGGACAAUCUCUUCCAAAACUACAAGAAGAUACAGAGGUUUCAGAAUGCGAGUGGCCGGCCAGAUUUCUUCGGGUUAUCGAAUGAAGAAAGGAAGGAGCACAACUUCAAGUGCCAGAUAGAGAGGGUGCUGUACAACGAGAUCCACGCAGGCAUGCUGGGCAACCAUACAAUUUUCCCUCCCAACGUCGCCGACACCAGAAGUCCGGACGGGGUGCAGCUACCCAGGCGAGGGGCGGGUGUUGGGGAGUCUGUUGGUAGUGAGGCCGCUGGUGAAGGCUUCCCUGAAGAACGUUCUUCUACGAGGGACUCCGACAACAAAGCAGCCAGCGGGGCUGGAGGUGGGAAGCGGAAGAAUGCGCGUCAACAGGCGUCGGAGUCGAUUGCUGAUGUCAUGGAACGCCAUGGCGAACUGAUGUCGUCGAUGAUCGAAUCGUCUAGCAAGCGGCAGUGCAGCAUAUUCACAAGGCAAUGCGACAUACUCGAGCAGGAAGUCGCAGUCCAGAAAGCGCACUACGAGGCAUCCGAUGAGACGCAGAGGAUGAUGUGCCACGCGCUUAUGGAGAUCGCUGCCGCCAUCCGUGGUAGCAGCACGGGAGACAUUUGUCUCGCCAGAUCGGCGAGACUUCAAACGGCGGUCGGUGAAGCACUUCCCGCUCAUCCGAUCACACCACCAAGCUGCAGGCCGCCACGAAGCAUGUCUAUGCGAGGAACCGCCCGUGGGAAGAAGCGCGACGGAGUCCCUGACGACAGCCAAGGGCAGGGAAGAGGUCGGCGGCAAGUCCCGAAGGCGAAGAGCGUGCGUUCGGAUGAUGCGUCAGCAAGGGUGCCUCCUCGUGGAGCGCAAGGUUGGGCGGCAGCAGCGGAGGGGGACUACGACGAAGACUUCACGACGAAGGAAGAGCAGGCAGAGGCGACCGCGUCUGCAAUACGGGAGAGCGGUAGGCAGCGCUCUUCUGAUCAGAGCGCUUUGAAAAGGAUGCUAACCCCUCCACCCGAGGCGCAGCAACUGCGUUCCCGCAAAAGGCGGACAGAGAAGGUUGUCGUCGUCAAUAUCGGCGGCGAGGAUGACGAGCCCUUGGAAAGACGUCGCAUGCGCACUCGUACGACGGCAACCCCACCGCCGGCGGUGAUGGCCCGCGCUGCUGUAGACGAAAGGCCAGUCCCGGGUAGGCCGGUCGCCACGUCGUCUCAGCCACGUCAGCGCAACGAGGGUGGUGACGGAGGGUCCGUCCAACGCAGCGGCGGGGGGGAAGUCGUGGAAGACGCACGCGCAGUUGGUGGCGAGGCGACAGGUGUGGCGGGGGCGGGUGCUUCAGGCACUGUGGCCCCCGUUGCGACGGUGAGAGAGGAGGCAGCAGUUGUGGUGAAGGCGAGAGAGGAGACCCGUGGCGAGAAGAAAAGUGAUCGGGAGGGCCGCGAGCUCGGUUCAAGCCGGCUACGCAGGGGAGUGAUGACAAAAGACCUCAUCGAUCAUACCGUCCUUUGGGUCGAUGACAAAGCUUUCUGGACGACGGGGGAGGGGAUCCUCGACCAAUCACAGUUGCAGCAAGCGAUCUCCCAUGCGGCGGCAGUGGAGAACGUUGCUCUGCGCAUCUUGCAUGGCUGGGUAUUCAAGUCCAGGAGCCGCCCAAGGGGAUACAAUGUGGCUUUCCAGUACUCGCUUGAGUCCGUAGCGACGGACAUUCCGCGUGCUAUGUGGUACGGCGAGGAGUGGUGCGACGUCGUCGGUCCGGCGGUUUGCGCGCAAACGAUAGAUCUGUCCAUGGACUUACCACUGUGGCUCACCGGCGCCAACAUCGAGGACAGACCGGACGACGACGACAUGGUUGCGCACCAGGAGUCCACCGUCAUCUGCGUCACGCAUGCAUUCCGCGCGGUGGUGCAAAUGGGGGCGUUUAUUGAUGGCGACUUCAUCUCGCACGAUCGUCUUUGUCGGGUGCAUGACUGCUUCAGGCUGUUGUUAGCGGCAUGCAUGUGGAUAAUGCGCAUGGCGGGAGACGAUCCGCGCAGUCACUACGAGGCUUUCUACUUCACGAACCUCGUGGCGAAGCCCACACUCGUCGCGUCCAUGCAUCACUCCUUCGAUCAUCGACAAUCCGUCGUCCGCGCCACGAAAGUCGUCACGGAGAGGCUCGGGAAGGCAUAUGCCACGUUCGGACAGUACCCCGACUACAUCCCUCAAUGGGCACCCUGGGGCAUUGGUUUCAAUCACGACUCGAGCAUAACGGGGCUGGAGGAUGCGAAGAAGCUAGAUUGGUUGGGUUCGGGCCCCCCCGAUGAUGACAACAACAACGAUGGAAAAGAUGACGCGUAAGGGGGGGGGGGCGCGCUGUCGUGAUUGGCUUCGUUGUGGUUGGACCGGUGUGUAGUGCGCACCUGUUUAGUG